CUUGUGGAAGAAAAUUUUUUUUCGUGUCUUUCUGGGUGUAGCGGGUUUUCAAGUGGGUUUUUAGUGAAAAAACCCCCGAAAAUGGAGUAAUUCGUUGGUGCAUGGAGUGAAAAAGCUGCCGCGGAUUGCUGCGAUCACUGUGUAACCCGUGGUGAUAAGCGAGGAGUGUGAGAGAGAGUUAUCUGGAUCCGGCUGUGGUCGAGCACGGGGCGGGGAGUUUCCCACAAUCAAAGACAGCUUCCGCCGCUGCUCUGCUGUCGUUGCUAGGAAGCGAGUGCGUAGCAACGGGUGCAAGGAGAACGAGAUUCCUUCUGGGUGUGCGAAGAAGAUCGCCGGCUGAUCAAAAUGAUUGGUGGACUGUUUGUGUACAAUCACAAGGGCGAGGUGCUGAUAUCGCGCGUCUACCGGGAUGAUAUUGGCCGCAACGCGGUCGAUGCAUUCCGCGUGAACGUGAUCCAUGCUCGGCAGCAGGUGCGCUCACCCGUGACGAACAUUGCCCGUACGAGCUUCUUUCAUAUUAAGCGAGCGAAUAUCUGGCUGGCGGCGGUCACGAAGCAAAAUGUGAACGCGGCAAUGGUGUUUGAGUUUCUGCUCAAGAUCAUCGACGUGAUGCAGUCGUACUUCGGCAAGAUCUCCGAGGAGAACAUCAAGAACAACUUUGUGCUGAUCUACGAGCUGCUGGAUGAAAUUCUGGACUUUGGUUAUCCGCAAAACUCGGAUACCGGUGUGCUGAAGACGUUCAUCACGCAGCAGGGCAUCAAGACGGCGACGAAGGAGGAACAGGCGCAGAUUACGUCGCAGGUGACGGGCCAGAUCGGGUGGCGCCGCGAAGGCAUCAAGUACCGGCGCAACGAACUGUUCCUCGAUGUGCUCGAGUACGUGAAUCUGCUGAUGAGCCCCCAGGGACAGGUACUGUCGGCGCAUGUGGCCGGCAAGGUCGUGAUGAAGUCGUACCUGUCCGGUAUGCCGGAGUGUAAGUUCGGCAUCAAUGAUAAGAUCGUGAUGGAGGCAAAGGGCCGGAGCGGAAUCUCGGGCAACGCGGACAACGAGGCUUCGCGAUCGGGCAAACCGGUGGUCGUGAUCGAUGACUGCCAGUUCCAUCAGUGCGUAAAGUUGAGCAAGUUCGAGACGGAACACUCGAUUAGCUUCAUCCCACCGGAUGGUGAGUUCGAGCUGAUGCGCUACCGUACGACCAAGGACAUUUCACUGCCGUUCCGUGUGAUACCGCUGGUUCGCGAGGUUGGCCGAACCAAGAUGGAGGUGAAGGUGGUGCUGAAGUCAAACUUUAAACCAUCGCUGCUCGGUCAAAAGAUCGAGGUGAAGAUUCCUACGCCGCUCAACACGUCCGGCGUGCAGCUGAUCUGCCUGAAGGGUAAAGCAAAGUACAAGGCCUCGGAGAAUGCGAUCGUAUGGAAAAUUAAGCGAAUGGCCGGCAUGAAGGAAACGCAACUUUCGGCCGAAAUCGAACUGCUCGAGACGGAUACCAAAAAGAAGUGGACUCGACCGCCGAUCUCGAUGAACUUCGAAGUACCGUUCGCACCGUCCGGAUUCAAGGUUCGCUAUCUGAAGGUGUUCGAACCAAAGCUGAACUACUCCGAUCACGAUGUGAUCAAAUGGGUGCGAUACAUUGGCCGCAGUGGACUCUACGAAACUCGAUGCUAAAGACCUCCCCCAGGCAGCAGCAUACGAUCGACCGCAAUUUUCUGUUUUCUGUUUAAUUCCCUCGGAGAUGGAUCCCAUCCCAGCAGUAGUGAUGCGAAAGGUGGGGAGAAGUGGAUCUCCCCUUCAAUAUUCUAGGACAAUGAUUUUGAGGCGGAUACACGAGGUAUCCUCUAAACCACCACCACUGGAUGGUUUCAGUUGCAUUCGCGGAAGCUCACACUCGAACGACGUACGUCAUUUUUCCGCCAUUUUCUCUCUAUCGCGUCAGUUAGCUUAAGAUUAGUGGAAUGGACACAUACUGACACACACGUCCGGGAAUCAUUUAUUCUAUUUGAUCGUUUCUUUUCGGCUGGCUAGAAAUAAUUCUGUUUUGUUCUUCCUUUUUCCCCUUCGGAUUUCAUUGAAAAAAUGCGAUCUAGAAUCAGUGUGGCAAAUGAUAACAAUGUUAAGAACCAACAGGGCGCCAUGCUGCCCCAUGCCGGGCAAAGGCGUUAAUGUUUAGAAGCGGAAGCAGAAGCCAAACGCUUGACGCGUUCAGUAGUAAAGGUGAUGUGCAAUUGCAGAUAUCGUUGCGAGCAGCAUGAUAUUCGUUAGGUACGGAUCCUUUCUAUUUCCUUUUCGUAUAAGCAGCAAACAAUGCAUGCACCAGCCGCAUGGGCACGAAACUUUCGAAUGCGAAACGGAUUCCACACUUUUGCACAGACACCGCGGACACACAACGAAACGCGUACGAAUCUCGCACGAUCGACACGGGGAUUAAGAUUAAAAAUGGUUCAUUAUUGUCGCGAGCAGAAGAAGAGGUAGAAAAGGAGCGCGUGGAGUGAUCACUUCUGUACAU